UCGGGUGCCUUUCAGAAUAAAAGCAGCAGGCGGCGGUCACGUUCAGGUGUGAUGAAGGCAGCUGGAACGUCAACAGGUGAGCGUGUCAGACCGUGAGGAGCCCCGGAGCGUGGCGGCAGGAGAAGAUGGGAGGACACCAGCAUGAUGAGAGGAAAACUUCAAUCCCUGCAGGACUCCGUCUCCCAUGGUGCAUUCUGAUUGGCUGGUGAAACUCCAGUGAGGACUUUUUGGGCCAAGCCCCGCCUGUGCUGCACCAGACUGGGUCCGGACCCGCCAGGACCAGGAGGUUCUGCUGCUGCUGCUGACUCUGCAGAAGUGGAUGUCCUCCUCAUUUAACGCUGUAAAGUAGGCGUUGUUGUGUCGUCUUGGACCGUGAUCUCCAUCAUGGAGGUCCCCCGGAGACUCCAGCCCCCCACUUUGACCCUGACUCUGGCCAACCCAGCCUCAGCCCCGCCCUGUUCGAUAGGAGCCAAACAGAAGUCCUCCAGGAGAAAUGGGAUGAGGCAGAAGAUCCGGUUGGAGAAGGAUGGAGGCCCAGAGCAGCAGCAGGAGGAAAAGGAGGAGGAGCAGGACGCUCCAGCUGAGGAGGUGGUCCGCUCAGAAGAGACCUCCCAACUUCUAGAUGUAAAUCAAGCGCAACGUUCAAGACGGUCUUCGGAGGACAGCUUUUCCGAAGACGCCUUGGUGUCCGAGGAAGAGCUGGCAGAAGAGGCCAGAAGGAAAUCGGAGGCAGAGAAAGCUGCAGCGAGAGAGAGGGAAGCUCAGCGCCAACUGAUGUCCAUCGAGGAGCUGGUCCAGUCGGAGAGGAGCUUCCUGAGAAUGCUGGAGCUAAGCACCGGGGCCAUCAGGAGCAGCCUGCAGAAGCUACAGCCGCCUCCCGCCGGUCUGGACGGCAUGUUCCUCUACACCCAGGAGGUGAUGGACGUCUCCGCGCGUCUCCUCAGCGAGUUGGACCGCUUUCAGCCCGGAGACCCUCGCUUCCUGGAGAACCUCUGCGAGUCCUUCCUCGCUCUCUCCUCCGACAUCGAAGCUGCCUAUAAGGAGUACUUGGCCAACUACAGUCAUGUGACGGUCCUGGAGAACGCCUACAAACAGAAGGAGGCGCUGUGGAAGGAGAUCGUGACCGUCGUGAAGGCCUCGGCCCCGGAGGUCAACGCCUCCUCCCUGAGUUUCUUCCUGGUGAUGCCGGUCCAGCGGAUCGCCCGGUACCCGCUCCUCCUGCAGACCAUCCAGAAACACACCGACCCGUCUCACCCGGCGUGCGCCCUGCUGGAUAAGACCGCUCACACCUCCGUCGCCCUGAACUGCCGCAUCAACGAGUACAAACGCUUCAGAGAAGUCGCUGAUAAAUACAAGAAGACCGAGAACCUGACCAUCAGAGACAAGAUCGUCCGCCUCAACACCCACAGCAUCGCCAAGAAGACGGCGAGGUUCAGCCAGCACAUUAAACACGAAACUGGAAUGGCGCCCAAGGUUGUUGACGAGGAGUUCGACGCUCUGGAGGGUUUCUUUGCCGUUCUGGAUCACGGCAUCCUGCAGCUUCUUGAGAAUGUGGAGACCUACCUGUUCAACCUGCAGGGAUUCCUGGAGUGUCGGACGGAGGAGUUUGACUUUGACAUGGAAGGAGAAAAGUCUGCUGUCAGCUACAAGGAGAUCACCACGGCGCUCCGACAGUGGGUCCUGCCCACCUUUGAGAAGCGCAUGAGGACGCUCAUCCACAAGCCGCUGUGCGCUCUCCGGGACCUCCUGGUGGGCCCGAGGAACCUGAUCAAAAAGAGGUUCCACAAGCUGCUGGACUACGAAGUGAUAGAGGGCAAAGCCAGCCUGAGCUUUGAGGAGCAGGAGGUGGUCAACACCUACAAGACCCUCAACACGUUGCUGCUCAACGAGCUUCCCCGCUUCAACGGCGUGGCCCUGCAGAUGAUCUGGAGCAUGCUGGGGACCUUCAGCUGCCUGCACAAAGACCUGACUGCAGACAUGGAGCAGCUGUUCCAGAGCUUCGCUCAGCAGCUCCCUCACAGCUUUCUCAGCCACGGUGCAUUCUGGGAGUGGGCAGAGUCCGCCGUGCUGGACGGUGCCAGGAGCCUGCAUGCUUUGUGUCAGACGGUGGAGGAAACUCUGAGCGUGCCCGUCGUGCAGCCUCUGAGUCCGACCUCUCAUCGCCGCCUCCAGCAGCUCACAGGAAAACACGGUUCUGGAAAGAUCUACCAGGUGACGAGCUCGGUGGUGGGCAGCCGGGACCUGGACCUGAGCCUGGCCAAGGGGGAGCUGGUGGCCGUCAUCAGCGGGGCCGACACCCGCGGGGACAAGCGGAGGUGGCUGGUUGAUGCAGGAGGCCGGAGAGGCUACGUGGCGUCCUCAAAACUCAUUCGUUAUCACCAGGCGGCAGAGGACCCGCCCCCUUCGCCACACCCGGGUCUGCCUGAGACCGUGUCGGGGAACCGCAGAUACUCGUAUUCCCCCGGCCCCCCGGCGCACACGAGCCAGCCGUGUUUCCAGGUGCUGGCGGCGUACAAUUUCACUGCCAGAGGAAACCACGAGGUUUCUCUUCAGGCCGGCCGACCGGUUCGAGUCCUGGAGCCACACGACAAACGGGGGAACCCUGAAUGGAGCCUGGUGGAGGUGGCGAGCGGCCAGCGGGGCUACGUUCCCUCCAACUACCUGACUCUCAUCCCCUUGGAGGCGGGGCCACCUGCUGGCUUCUACCCGUUCUAGUGAGAGGCCAGAAGCCCGCAGACAAAAGCUGCUGCUUUUAAAUCUGGACCUUGGCAGCUUUGGAAGACAAAAGCUGCAGAUGAAAGGACCAAAAGUUGGUUCUGAAGCAGAAGUCGGACUUUUAGGCUUCACAGCUUUUCCUAACGCAAACGAAAACUAAAAGAUCUUUUUGUUUGAAGCUUUUGCUCAGAUGUGUCCUUUUUCAGGGUGCAUUUAAAAAAAAGAAGCUAUUUUUACCUUUUUUCAAUAUCCGAAACAAACCAGAGGGGAAGCAGAAGCUCCUGGCAAAUUCCUGAAGCUUUAAUGAAGAACAAAAGUGACACGAAACCUUCAAAUGAUGCAGAAACGCUUCUGUUAAGCGGAGAAGUCCUGCAUUCUGGGAAGAGAACGAAAGCGACUGGAUUUCAUCAGAAACACUGGAUGCAAAGGAAGUGACAGAAAAGUUCAAAACCUAAAAACCAUUUUUCAGCAUCUCUGGCAUUUUCUUUAAGUAAAUAUUGGCUUUUACUUUAAAAGAAAUGCAUCUGAAUACUUUAACACUUGGAUUUCUCUAUCAUACGGCACUGAAAUGAGAAAAAAUGGACAAAAUGUGAGAAUAAGGCAAAUCAGCGGAACACUUCACAGAAAUGUCAGGCUGAUCAGACGUUUUCUAUAAAGAUAAAAACCGGAUUCUGGCUUUAUUUUUAUUUUUUGUGUGGGUCUGAGCUGCACCCCCCCCGUCCAGCAGAAGCUGAGAGCUUUUUGUUGUGAGAGAAACAGAAACUGCAGCUUGUUCUGGUUAGAAGGUCGGCGUGUUCCACAGAAAACCGAAUCAGAGAUGAGGGAUCUGGAAUUGAACCGGCUCCCAUCCUUCACCCGGAGGAGCAUCCGGGAGGAAACACCCGACACAAAGAGCCUCCUGCUCUCCUCCUUCCAGCUUUCAUCACAGCGUCACUUUACAGUUUAAAAUGAUCCAGGUGACCUAAUUCUCCAUUAUUUGCACCUGAGGAUGGCUGUUGCCACGGUUACGGCUCAGCAGGCGCAGGUCCCUGUACAGUUUCUUGAAGCGGACGGUCCCGUGAAAACCUAAAAUUAGAGUCGGCCAGCAGCUCCUGCGCUUUACUGACGAUUCGCUUCAUUUCUUUGGCUGAAAAUAUUUCAUUUUCAGGAAAAAGCUCCAAAUGUUGCAGAAAACAUGACAUAUUUGGGUUUCAUGGGCGUUUGGUGGUGGGCUUUGAGGUAUGAGGACAGGAGUAUUAAAAAAUCUUUUAAUUUAGACAUUUAAAAUUAAUUGAAAUGGUUGACGCCUCUAGUGGACUUCAGGAUCUCUGUUUGUGCCAAAUUCUCUUGCACUUGUGAGGUGUAUAAGUCUGAAAAAAGGUCAUAUUGACAUUAUUAUAUAAAUAUAAAAUUUGGGAUAUCUAAAAGCAUUAGGGCCACAUUCAGCUAAAAGAAAUGAACUUUUCUGACCGUAGAGGCUGCUGGCUGUCAGAACCGUUGAAUUUUUAGUCUUGUUUAUUAAAGGAAAUUUAAACUUCAAACUUGCAUGCAGCCUAAGAAAAUCCUUGGAGUCGCACCUUUGAAACCCAGAACUCUUCAGGGUUGGGACACUUUAUUUUUUCUCUCCCCAUGCAGCUUUAACCUUUUUAGAAUAGGAGUAUUUUAUAUUUGAUAUUGGAAGUCUUUGCGGCGCAGCCUGGGGCUGGCCUUUGAUUGCAGAGCAGGGAGGUGCUCAGCUGGAGCGCCUGAAUGUCAGGACGGAGCAGCGCAGCAGGAGGGACGGGGGCUCGGAAACGUCCUCCAGGCGAGUAGAAGAACCGCCCGUCCAAUCCCUUUUUGUUUACGGACUUAAAUGAGAAACUAGAUGUGUGGAUCUUGUAAAUUAUAAACUGUAUUUAUGAACUGUGGUUUUCAUCUCCACCACUAGAGGGAGAAGGAGACUUUCUCUCUUUAUUUUUGUAAAAUGUGACUUUGUAACUGGAAAAACUGCAUCUUUGCAUUUGAUCUCAGCAUCAUUACCUUCCCAAGUAUUGAUCCAGACUCAUACUGAGAGCCCUGAUUUAGUGUUUAUGUUCACUCGUCUGCUGUGAUGCCGCCAUAGUUAACCCUCUGAUGUUUAAAUGCAUUGAUUUGCUGCAGUUUUGCUUGAUCUGACGCUGCAGUGAUGGAGGGAGGGUCUCUGAGAGGCUGUACAGCUUGUUCUCCCACUCAUGAAGUCGCGCCGCAGAUGGAUGUCUGCAGCCGCAGAAUUUGUCAGAGCAGCUGUGAUCCAGCUUCAGUAAACCUCAGCCUGAUCCCCGUCUGCUCGCCUCGUUUCUCACCAGGAGAACCGCAUCUGAUCAGACGAUCAAUAAUCUAAAAGUAUGAACAAGGCUUCAGGUCGGGAUCUUAGAGAUUCUGUGUAAAACAGAAAGCUGCUUUUGAUGUUUACAACUCACCAACACUGAUUGUAAAACUCCAGCACAAGUAAUCAAAUCAAAUCAAUUUUAUUACUAUAGCCCAAAAUCACAACAACAGUCGUCUCGAUGGGCUUCGUAGCGGUAUUUGUAAAGUAAACAUAAAUCAAAACGAUCAUAAAUGCAUAGAAUUCGAUAGAAAAAGUCUAAACUUAACUAACUAAACAGACUAAACUAAACUUGGCAUCCCUGUCCUUAGAUCAGGGGUCGGGAACUUUUGUGGCCAAGAGAGCCAUGAACGCCACGUUUUUAAAUGUGAUUUCCUGAGAGCAAUGCAAUAUGUUUAAAACUAAAAGUACAAGUGAAUGUGUGCAUUGUAUGUCAUUUCAACACUUUAAAAGUACAGUAAGUUUGUGGAUUCUUUUUUAAUAAUAUUGUUAUUGUAGCGGAUUGAGUUCCGGAGUUCAUUGAACGCAUCAAGCAGAGAUGCUGGUUGGCCCUCAGUCCUGUCGCUCGGCCUGCCGUUGGGGAGUUUGGACCAAUGGGGUUCAGUUAUGGGCCGAAUAAGGGAAAUAGGAGGGCUGAAGUGGGAGCAGGGGGGAAAAAGGGGGGGGGGGGGGGGCAUCUGCCGGGACGGCAAUUCACAAGAUUCAGGCUGUUACAGAUUUGGGGUUUUGAUGCGCAAUACAUUAGGGCGCUGAUAUGUUACAAACUGGCAUCGCAUCACGCCCGAGAAGGACUGGUCUAAUGAAACUUUUUUUUUUUUUUUAAACAAGUAAAGAUUUGUCUGUGAGCCAGAUGUGGCUCACAAGCCAUAGGUUUCCGACCCCUACCUCAGAACCCCCUUCUCUGUAAGGAAGAACUCCUGAAAAAACGGAUUCCGGAAAAAAAGAAGAAACCUCAGGGGUGUCCACAUGAAGGAGGGAUCCUCCCCCAGGACGGACAGGGGAUGUACCAGAACUCUUUGAGAAGAAUUAACUUAUCCAACUCUACAACUACAUAUUUAAAGUCCAGCAGACGAUCUUCAUCCAGAUGGUUCAGUGUUACUACAGGCAGUACAUGCAUAAGUCUGCUGUAAGAUAUUUGAUAUUUUCAUGUACACAGUGUACAUCCGAUUCCCAACCAACACAAAGUUGUACAUACACUGCACACAAAACAACUGAAGAAUUGACUGUAUCCAAGUCACAGUAAUAAACUCAUAAAAACGA